UAAAAUGCAGCGGCUCUGUGCCGACUGUAGCUAGAGAAAAUACAACUUCAGUAACUUCUUGUAAAGUAGCACAGACAAAGAAAGUCUUCAUCUUUCCUCUUGGGUUCUGCGGGAGAGCUGCUCAGAGGGCGAGGAGGAAAACCAUCAGACGUCAUGGAAGCUCAAACAAGAGCUAAAAGAUUCACUUGUUGAUAUGUACAAAGCUAAUCCCAAAGUCAAUGAGGAACUGAAACAAAGGCUGCCGUCCCCUAUAAAGCGCCAUUGUUCAGAGACCACACCACAACCUGGGUUCUGUGGUGAGGUCAACCACCCAGAUAUCGCUCAAGCUGCACUGGAGACCGCAGCUCCGGAGAAAAAGCUUAAAGGUCCUGACUCUCCCAGGGCAAGAGAAGAACCAGUGCGUGGAUCCUCUCCACCACCACCACCUCCCCUACCAGCAUCAGUUAGAAAUAUAGAGGAGGUGAUGUUGUCCCCCCAAAGAUCCCCCUCACAGCUAAGCCUGGACAGAGAGGAGACGGCCUACGUGCCUGUCAGCAAAUCACCCUGCAUUACACCUGAGCCAACAGGACCCAGAAGAAUAACAGGUGAGGGCAAUGGGAAUUCCAAACUUAGUCAUGACUUCAAAAGGCAAGUCCCGUUCCUGGAUAAAGAGAAGAACAUUUCAUUCCUGUUAAAGGAGCUGGACUCACUCCGAGACCUAAAUAAAAAGCUCCAGGACAAGCUGGCCCUGAAGGAGAAGGAGCUUGAGACCAUGCGAUUGGACAACCAGCUUCAGGAAGAGAAACUUGGGGCCCAAGCGUGUGAGAGGGCUGCAGCAUUAGUGGAGGAGAUUUAUAAAGCUCAGAGGGAGAGGGACCAGGCUGUCAUGGCCAGACUGCGGCUAGCUAAUGAGGAGCGGGAUGAGGCUCUUCUCCGAGCCAAGAAGCUUCAAGAGACAGCACUUGAGCUGGAGAAUAUUAACUCAGAAGAAACUGACAUGGACCUUGAUGAGUUGCUGAACAGGGUUAGCAGUGCGGAUUCUGCCUUGAGCAUUGAGCAAAGUGGCAUGGCCAUCAUGGAGCGCAUUCAGAGGGCCAGGGAGCGCCGCUCCAAGAUCACCUCUGAGGAGAUGAAAGCUGUCAUAGAAGAGCGAGAUAAUGCCUUAACCAAGUGCAAGCGUCUGGAGCAAGAAGUUCUUCACACCAAAGAGAUGAGCCAGACCAACAACACCUACCCCUUGAACAUGACAAAAAAUCAGGAAAGAGUGCACAAGAUUCAGGCAGAGCUGGAGGCUGUGCAGAGAGAGAGGGAUAUGGCAGUGGAACUUGGGCACAAACUGGAGGAGGAGCUUCAGGCCCUGCGCAGGUGCCACAGCGCACAGCAGGACAGAACAGAUGAGUCUAGUAAGAAGGAGACCCCUUGCUUGUCCUCUCCCACCUGUGCUAAGGACAACAGCACACCCCGGUCACAGAAUCUGCUGAGCCGUGUGCAGCAGCUCACCUUAGAGCUACAAAGCGCUCAGACUCAACUCCGAGUGACCCGGGAGUCUGAAAGAGAGGCCAAUGAAAAAGUGCACAAGCUAGAACGGUUGGUAGACGUCUUGAGAAAGAAGGUGGGCACUGGCAGUGUCCGUACUGUGAUCUGACUGGUCGAUGAGCAACUGGAGCAGACGGCCACAUCUGGUGACCAGGCUGCUGUGUUUAACUCUGAGCAAACAACUGAAGCCCUUCGUGGGCAAACAUGGGCUGGAAGUGAUGCUUUCUCUUACCCUCAGCCCUUCACUCCCUUCUCAUAACCUCCAUAUACACUUUUUCACUGUUACAGUCUGCGAUUAAUGCUGCUUUAGUCAGCCAUUUUAUCCCAAUCCUUGUUUUGAAUUGUUUAUUUUAUUUAAUGUAUUGAUUUGAGCAGUGUCCGAGCAUCUAGGUACGUUUAAUGGACAUGGAUAUUUAAUGCGAUAAAAUGAAUACAUAUCACAGAUGAGGUCAUCAAAAAUGUUUUUUCUGGCCUGUUUUGUGUAUAAAUGGUUUUCGGGUUAAUAUUUACAUUUAUGCCAUUUGUAUGAGCUGUACCAAGGUAUUUUUUCUGUACCAGUAAAUAAAGGGACCUUGUUUUCAAGACAA